AUGGGCUACAUCGGCGUCUCCCUCAUCCUCGCCUCCUUCGUCUGGGUCAUCGUCGCUCCUCCGCCAUGGAUACACCCCUUCAUGCCGCCCUUCCUCCUCGCCUGGCGAAACGAUACAAAGCUCUUACCACCUUCCUCGCGGUCAAAAUCCUCUUCUCCUCCACCGCCAAGCGACCAACAUGAGUCAAAGACGACGGCCUCCUCGACAACCACCACGAAUAGGCACGCACCCGAGCCCUCCACGAAGGAACAGCCGCGCGAUGCCCCUCCCCCACCAACGCUCAAUCUCCCCGAUGACCCCGUCGACGCACCGGCAACGGCACCGGCACCGCGCAAAACCGGGACCGCCGUCUCUAUGCCUCCUCCUCCGCCAGUCAUCCGCCGCUCAUCCCCGAAUCCUUCCGCUCCGGCGCCGCCCACGGUAACCGAACCAGAAGCUGAAGAACAAACAACACCAAAGGCAACCCCCGCCGCUCCCGCCGCACCAGUACCCUCCUUCAAUCUUGAAGAACCCUCAAAGGCAAUGGCACCGCCCACCCUCGGCGCACCACUCUCUUCAGUAUCUUCCUCUUCCGGCUCCACGCUCGGCAAAGGAAGCAUGCCGCCCCCUCCUCCGCCAUCAACGACUUCAGCCAACAUGAUGCCGCCACCAGCCCCAACACCCCGCGGCCCAGUCCCUCCCCGCCUAGCCGCCUUCCCAGCAAUGAACUCCCCCCAACGCGCCCGCGGCCCCGUACCGAACCGCGGCCCGGCACCCGGAAGCUCCUCCCUCGGCUCCUCCCUUGCGCCGCCGCCAACGCACUCCGCAAAGGCCCCCAAGCCAACGCGCAAAGUCAUCCUCACGCCGGGCCACUCCCCGCUCGACUGGGCGCGCAUCUCAGGCCCCAACGCGGACCUGCGUAACCUUCCGCCCUCGACGCCCUACCUCAAAGUCACACCCUCGAUGCUGAAAAAAAUGACGGGGAGAAAGGGGAAGGAUGCGUGGAUGGCGUUGGGUGGGAGGGUGUACAACAUCACGCCGUAUCUGCCGUACCACCCGGCUGGCGAGCCUGAGUUGCUGCGCGGCGCGGGGCGUGAUGGGACGAAGUUGUUUGGGGAGAUUCAUCCCUGGGUAAAUUACGAGACUAUGCUCUCCGCGUGUCUCGUGGGGCUGUUGGUAGAUGAGGAAGAGGGCUCGAAGCCGAGCGCGAUGGACGAGAUGGACUGA